GAGAGGUGCAAACUAAAUAUGUACUUAACAUAAUGGAUGCAAUGCCAUAUUUUUUAAAGAAUAAGUGAAAUUCCCCCAUGAAAACAUCUUAAACAGAUUGAUCACAAGAACACAAGAGUUUCUUGUGCAAAACUGCUCCGGUCAUCAUGUCAGAUGUGGUAUUUGGAUUUUAUGCCUGCAUUGCCUUCAUUGCAAUAGUACUUUUUAAUGUUGGGUGUUUCACGCCAAACUGGCUAACUGUGCAUGAGAUACCAGUCAAUUCUUCCAAGCCUUCGGUCAACUGUUCCACGCCUUCGGUCAGCUGCUCAACAGUUUCAGUAAACUCUGCUACGUCUUCCAGAAUAUGCAAUUAUGGCCUGUUUUACAGUGUUGAUUGUCCAAAUAAUGAAAAGGCUUUUGACUGGACCAUUAUUGGACUGAAUAUUGCCACGUCUGUGUGUUUGACGGCCAUUCCUUUCUUCUGGUGUCUCCUGUCAUGCAUGAUUUGCUGCAAAAAAGACGAGUCGGACGACGCAUGUGCUGACGGUUGCUGCAGUUUCUACACGUUCUUUUAUGUUGCUGGAGGUAUCCUGGGCUUUGCGUCGACUUUGAUUGUGAUUUCAAAAUUUAAUCUCGACCAGUUAGGGUGGUCUUUCUUUCUGACAGUUGCAGCUUCUUCAGUGAUUUUGUUGCAGUUUGUGCUUUUAAUCACCUACUUUGUUUGCUCUCGAAAAAUGAACGAAAAAUGCACGGUAUUCCUUGUCUAUAGAAGACGGCAUUACGAAAUGUAUUGAACCAAAAUUUUGGGCUUGACAUUGAGCAUCAUAAAAGAACAUCUGACUUUAUAAUAAUUUAGGUUUUUAUUUAUGUAAUUAAAGUUUUUUGUUGUGAAUCAAAAAUAUUGUAGUUGAGUUGUAAAGAUUUUUGUCAGAUUUUUUUUUAUUUUGUUCAUUAUUCCAAUACAUGUACUUCAUUUGACAUACAAUGAAAAAAAAAGAAGA